ACAUUUGUGUAUAGUUAUAUAAGCAACCAUGUCCGACAGUGACGCUGGAACAUCAACUGGCUCUACACCUUAUGAGUCGGAGGAUGACAUGAUAUGCUACAUCACCGGAUCCACACAGUCACCAUCCGAGCAUCCUGACCAGGAACCAGAUGCCAGGCGACUCAAUGAAAGAAGUUUGCCUUCCCGACAGAUGCAGACAGAAACGCCAUUGGCUGGGGCAUCAGUAGCUGCUGCUGACGGUGUCCUGGGUCCUGACACAAACAACCAUUUGAACAAGACAAGCGUUUCUAACAGCGAUGUGCCGUCAGCUGUACCUGCUGAUGGCAGUGCGGAAAGUCCAUACAUGAGAACUCCUGACAGAACAGUUAUCAACCGGCUAUCUGUGCCUUCUGACGAUGAUGCCUUAGGUAUUGACCCCAGCAUUCGGCGACGUCUGACAAAAAAUGUUUUGGGCAAAAAGGCAAAGUACCUGGUGUCUGAAGCUCCAGCCGACAGUGGCCAAAUUGGUGACACAAGCAAUAUUCUGCUCUUGACAAGUAUUUUGGACAGCACAGUAACGGACCAGACAUCCAUAGCUUCUGCUACCAAGAACAGUAAUUUGGGCAGAACUGAAUCUGUAGCUUCUACGGACAGUGGCAUAGGUAGUAUGCUAAAACUUGGGGCAGAGAAACUUAGACAAGGCAUCUAUAGUUUCUGGCAACAGUGGCGUGGGUAGUGACACAAUCAAACUGCAUAUCUUGAAGGUGACACAAUUGUGCUCUCUGUGAGCUACCUGUUAUCCAUUUCCUGUUGAUGUUAACGUGCUGCUUAUUUCCACUUCUCGUGUAUUUGUUCCUGUUACUCCAACUUGAUAAAUGAAACACUGCUGUAUGGCUACGGGGUGGGAUAAGUCUUGUUAUCAUAUCUGGCUGAACUAAAUACUGAUUUGAGGAAUUCUAUAUCAAAACCAGACGCCGCUAUCAAUCAAA